AUGAAAGUACAUUUUCGUGAACAGUAUGGGACGAAAGGAGAGGAAUUUCUCUAUGUGACCCCUAUUGACCAGGAUACUAUUGUCAGGGUAGCUAUAGACGGAAAGAAACCUUCAAAAGGAUUUUUCCUGUUCAAGAUCAUCCAAAAGACUCUUCUCCCGAACGGAUACCCCGAUUCCGUUGCUGAGGAUUAUUUAGAUUAUCAACGAUGGGAUACAUUACAAGCACUUGCAAGCACGAUUACUGGGUGUUUGGCAACACAUUCCGUGUUAAAAGGUCUUGGUGUGGGCGACGACGAAUCAACAGCAUUGUCAGCAACGAUUACGUGGAUUCUCAAAGAUGGAGCAGGUCAUUUGGGAAGAAUAUUCUUCGCUUAUUGGAAAGGGAGUGAAUUGGAUAUAGAUUCAAAGAAGUGGCGUUUGAGAGCUGACAUUUUAAAUGAUUUAGCAAUGUCUAUCGAGCUUUUCGUACUACCUUACUAUUCAAAGUACUCAACAUAUAUUUUAUGCUUAACAACAAUGAUGAGGGCUAUAGUGGGUGUUUCUGGCGGAGCAACGCGUUCAGCAUUAACUUUACAUCACGCAAUUCGAAAUAAUAUGGCUGAUGUUUCGGCAAAAGACUCGGCCCAAGAGACAUGUGUAAAUUUAAUUGGCUCAUUCAUCGGCUUAUUUUUAUUAACAAGCGUUUCAAAUCCAGCCUGGGUUGCUGGCAUUUUCUUCUUCUUUACGCUCAUUCACAUCUACUCUAAUACUAAGGCUGUCAAAUCUGUAUGCUUAAAAACAUUUAAUGAGGCUCGUUAUCUGAUUGCACUUGAGGAAUAUUUUAGAAAUGGUUCAGUUUUGCCCCCGAAAGUUGUUAACCAGUUGGAAAGAGUUACUGUUGGCCAGACGGUCUCACUUACUGCAAAAGUGAGGCUUGGAUGUUCAGUUAAAGAUCUGACGGAGCAAAUUCGGAAUAAAUAUGAGAUUGAGGAUUUAGUUGCAUGCUUUGAGACUCGCGAUAAAUUCUUAAUAGCUGAAACGAAGAACUAUGUUGGAGUUUAUCUUCAUUAUGAUAUUAAGCCUCAUGAGAUAUUACGUGCAUACUUUUUCGUUGCUUCAUAUUUGCAAGAUCGUACACAAAUUCGUGACAAUUAUUGGGAAGUUCAAGCCAAAUGGAGUGAAUUCUUAAAUUUGGCGCAACUUGCUGGUUAUAAUGUUCAUUCUCAUCUUUUACACGUCGACGAGUAUCGCUGUGAUUGGAGAUUCAUAUAG